AUGCCGGCGAAGUUGCUUCACUGGAUUGCUGGAGUGGGCGCGGCCAUUUCCAUAAAGAUCUCAUCAUCAAUUGAUGACGUCGUGUGGCUGGCCCCAUUCUUGACCAACAAUGUCAGCUACUUCUCCCGGCUAAAGAACAUCAGCAUCUAUGGCAUCGUUUGUUGGGUUCAGACCGCCAUUGCCAUGUGUAUCGCCUAUUCGGGCAACAAGCUGGUGAUGGUGACCCGGAAUUCCAAAGAUGCUUGGUCUUCCGAGAAGAUCUUGACUGUGCUGGCUGGCUCCAUGCUGGCUCUGUACUCUAUCAAGUUGCUCCAUGAGUGGGUGACAGAGGUAGAAGAAGAACCUCAGGAUACCAAGGAAGAUGCUGGGCAAGAGAACAAGUACGCGAAAGUCAGCCCUUCGGACCUGGAGGGUGGCGGGGAGCUCACGCCCGGUCGCAACGAGUCCAGGCUUGCGUACCUAUUUGUGGGCGCUACACUGCCCCUGAAUGUGCCCUUUCUGCCCUCUGACGUGCAGGUUACAAUGUUUCGCGACUGCAAAAUAUUGACCAAAGCCGCGUGCACUGGCUUAGGCAAUGGAUACGCUGACAUCUCGUACAGCUACUGUGUGCCAAAAUGUUUUCGCUACAGUGCAGCAAGCUGUCCUGAUCCGGAAUGUCAGUUGAAAGAGGGUCGUUGUCACCCGAGCAAUUUGCCAAACGAGAUCCUGUGUGCCGACCUUAGUCCCAGCCAGUGCGAUUACUUGCUUCCUGGCCAAUGUAGCUUGCUUGAUCUUCCCAAGAGCCGUUUUCAAAAGCUGUUUGGGAGAUUCUUCGGGCUUCGAGAUCACCAGGUCUGCGAAGCUCAUAAAACCAUUGAGUACCAGCACAAGUUCCAGAAGCUUGCCAACCACAACAAGAUGAAGGAUGGUGCAACCCCAGAUCUGCUAAAUGUUUGCAGGCAGCACGAGGCCCAAGAGGGUUGUGAGAAAGAAGAGCUUUGCGAAUGGAGGGUUUUCCACUGGGAUGAGCAGAAGCAGGGCCAAGCUCGAUGCACAGUUCGAUGGCAGAGCGACGUUUUCAUACAGACCAUGGCCGUCGCAGAAGCGGCCCGCCGAAGCAAGCGCAAAACAGCUGCUGUCGGUGGGCUGCUGUCACUUCCCGUCGGCUUCUUGAUGGGAGCAGGGUCCAUGUUAGGAGCGGGUGGUAUGGUUCUAAUGCUGGCUAAGAUGAUGAGUGUUAUCACCUUUGGGUUUGGAACAGGACUCCUGUUGACAAACCCCGCUGUGUUGGCGAUGAGUGCGGCCAUCGUGACGGUGUGUAUCAUUGUCGCAAUUACAAACGGUGUCGCACUCUCACUACCAUUUUCGACAGCAGUCGGCGAGAAGGCGAUAGCAUUUGCAAGCAAGGCUACCGCGACGUGGAAGAAGGUGAAGGUGGCUUCCGGCAACUUUUGUCAAGAGCUCUUCGUCGGGGUAAGUCCUUUGGAAGCAAUUUCUGUACGAACCGUAUCAGAAAGAUUGGUGAAGGCCGAAGGCCAUUGCGCGGAGAAGCUCUCCGGCAAUGGGUCAAGGGUCUACUCUGCAGGGCUUGAACAGAAGAGGCCUCGGUGGAUGAAGUCCCCGGACAGCCUGUGCAAGGACCUAUGCAUUGAUCUGGUCGACACGAUCCAUCACAACGUGGCAAACAUCAUCAUUGCGGGUGGCACGAAAAAGGUGCUGCAAGCCUGUGCGGCUAUGGCUAUCCAGCCCGUGGAGUCUCACAUCCUGGGCUGUUGUGCCGCAUCAUGCGGGUGGAAUCCAUCGACUCAGUUCUGUGAGAACUGGUUUUUCAUGCGCUCGGAGGAUAGGGCGGUGUGGCUGGACGAAUGUUGCAGCGAGAUACAGAUUGUGAAUGGCUCAAAGCGCCAGGCGAUGUGCGACAGUUUGGCCACUCUCGAGGAGCAAUCCAAGAUGAGGAAGACAGACGAACCAGAACGAGUUCCGGAUCAAGAGUUCCUUUUCGGCUACAGCCCUGCAGAGGACGACAGGAACAUCACUGGGUUUGUUGGGAAGUUGCGCUCUAGGGUCAUGCGGCUUUGGAGAAAGUUGAAGAAGCUGAUCGGUGCGAAGCACAACCAGACUGCAUCUGCCCAGGAAAUGAUUCCCGGUGACUUGCCGGAUGAGUUUACUCCGGCUUCAAACAUCCAAAUGCAGGAGGACCAAGGUUAUGAUGUCCAUGGCCUGGACCAGCAUUCGGAAGAUGCGUCAGCCACGUGCCAAGAAAAGUUGAUGAAGAAGGAGCAGUGCGGGGCAGUUGACCAAACAAGCUCAAACGGCCUGCAAAGCACCUUGACUGCCUUGACUAUUCUGUGGUGUUUGUCAGCACUUAGACUUAGAGCCCAGCUAGACAGCUUCUUCUUAGAAGAGCAACGAAGGUAA